GUUUUUGGUUGCUGGCAUAAACAUUGCAGUGCAUGGAUGGCUCUGAAGUGAUUUAGUUCGUGUAUUCUAUUUGAGUAGCAGGGUUUCACACUGUUCUAUGAACUUGUAGGCUUUUAGCCUACGCAUCUUUUUCUGUGUACCUUGAGAUGAAGACCAGGCUACAAGAUGAUGGCCUCUGGCUCGUCAUCUAGAGAUGACUUUGAAGCUGCAUUGGAGGCCAUAUCGAGGUUCAACCAACUGAAUUCUGAGGCUGCACGUAUCUUGGGAGAGCAGCAGACCACGACAGGAGGAAACAGAGACGUGGAUGUGACAGCAGGAGAGGAAAACAGAGAGGGCGGUGACUUGAAGCUGGGAGUUGCAGGGAAUGCAAGUGGUGUGGCUACAAGUGCGGAAGAUGUACAGAGGAUUUUAGGGCGUAAAGAGGGCUUGCAACAGAAUGGACAUGGUGAGACUGCAGUAGUAUCUUCUGCUGUUGCAAAUGAGAGUGACAAGGAGCUAGUGGGAACUCAUGAAAUAAUUUCAGUUGAUGGAGAGGGCGUAGCUCAUGUAACCAAAGACAGAAAGGAAUUUGAAAGGUCAGAACUCUAUGAUGAAGAGUGGUUUUGUGUGACUGACUCUGAAAGCCAGGCAAGCGAUAUUGUAAAGGGGAUUAUUUCCAAAUCUGUCCAGGAUCUGGUUGGAGGCAGUAAGUCUCCGGUAGCUGCUGAAAAUGCACCGCAUCUGUCUUCAUCCCCUGUAAAUCAAGAAGAGAAAGUCGUGGAUGAGAAAAAGGUUGUGUCAUAUUCUAAAGAGAAAUCAGAUUCUGGUAGCGAUUUUCCUGACUCUACUGAUGAGACAUCAUCGUUUUUCUCUGACACAGAAUAUGACUCAGAUGCAGCUAUUAUAGAUGAGAAAAGUCACCCUGACAAUGAAAACAAGGAUGGUCGUCGUGAGGAAAAUAGAUCGGACACUGAAAACAAGGCUGUUGAAUUUGAUGAAAAUAAAUUAAACUCUGAAAACCAGGUUGACCAUAUUGAAGAAAAGACCUCUAACUCUGAAGACCACAGUGGUCUCCUUGAAGGAAAGAACUCUGAAAGUCGCAGCAGUCCUUUUCAAAAAAAUAACUCGAACACUGUGAGCGAGGGCAGUCCUUUUGAAGAAAACAAAGAAUUAACUGACAAUUUGAAAGCAUUGAGAGACCAGUUUACUGAAGCAAGUCUUAGUAAAGCUAAACAACAGGUGGGUGACGACCAUAAGCCACUCUAUCCCGAUGAAAGUAGUGAGGCUAGCGAAGAGGAAAGUGGAAAUGAGACCAAGUUCAUACAGGAUGGUCAUGAGGUGGAUCCACUUGCCUUCUUUGAUAACAAAUCGUCUGAACCAGUAGGAGAAGCAAAAGAUCCUGAGCCAAAAACGGUGUCUCCACAACCUGAUAUUGAAAAUGCAGGAGAAAGUGAUACAAAAGGACAAGGAGCUGUGUGGAAGGCUCCUGCACCACUGCUACGCACAAAUACCUUCACAAAGGACAAAGAUGGCGAGGCGAGUUUAGUAUCUGAAACUGAUAGUCAACCUGAUCAGGUAGGAGAGAGCGACCCUGUUUCACCUGACAAACCUGCAGCUUGGAAAGCUCCCCAUUCACUGAUUUCCUCACCAUCCCAUGAGGCGAUUUUGAAAUCUGAAUCUGAGGCACAUGAAGCGGUGAUUUCAGAAGACUCUACUGCUUGGACCAAGUCGGAGAAAGAUGGCAUUUGGCGAGCUCCUGUACCCAUUAUUUCACCAAGAACGUCUAUGGAGGAGAUAGACUCAACACCUCCUAAAAGAGAUUCGGCAAAAGACGAAUCUGAACCUGAAAGACGUGGGCUUUGGAAAGCUCCCUAUCCUCUUGUUUCUCGUGACAGUUUCCCACCGAUAUCAGACAAAGAGACUGCUGGGGAAAUAUCUGUGAAAUUUGCAGUUCAGAAGGUUGAAUCGGACAUGCCUUUGUCGGAAAAAGAUCCUGAUUCUAGUAUGGCGACGGAUGAGAAUGUUCCAAGUUUGGAUGAACUAUUGGCACGGUUCCAACGACUCAGGAGUGAGGACGAUUUGAUGCCAAAUAUCCCACCAGGUGAAGCAGCAGAGGGGGCGGCAAUAAAGGAAGUAGCUGCAAAAGAUGACUUGGCUCCUAUAAAAGAAACGGAUGCCAGUAGUCCUAAACAACCUGACGAAGAUCUUUCAUCUGAUAGUAACGCUGAGCCAACUGAAAAAAGUGACAUUUUCUCCACUCCUAAUACUAAGUUUUAUCGAGGUUAUAUUGACGUUGCAGGAAGCGAUCAAGAGGGGUCAUUUACAUCUCGGUCGACUUAUUCUGUCCAUACAAACGAAGAGGAGGAAUCUGAGGGAAAGGUUGGGAGCAUUUUUGAGGGGAAUGCGGAGGAAGUCAUUGGUCAGUCUGAAGAUGAGGAACCUGCUGAUCAAACGGGCCAGGAGAAUCCAGAUGUGACGGAAAAGGUGUUUGGUGAGGCAGCAGACUUCGGGGGCAGUCAUGAUUCUGAUUGGAUGUCUGAAGAAGAGGAUGCUGGCGCUGAACUGUUUGAUAGCGACUCUGAGAGUGAUGUAAGGCAUGUCGAGAAGGAAACAGCUGAAGAGACUGAACUACAGGAUAAAGAGUCAUUCCAAGAUGAACCUGCACCACCUGAAAAUGUGGAAGAACCCAAGACCAAUAUUUCAAGUGAUUUCAAGUCUAGCGUUGAUACUUCUGUGUGGUCUGCAUCUGAUGAUGAAAUCCCUGGAUAUGAUGGAAGGGAUGCUUUGACAAGUGAUGGUGGAGACAAAGGUGCACCAAAAUUGAGUCCCGCUGGCCUUGGUACAUGUCCUGGGGAAGGUGCAGCAGUUAGCGAGUCACAGUCUGAAGACAUUGUUCCUUCUGGCUCAGUUGGAAUUGAACAAUUUUCUGGGAUAGCGAGUGUGACAAGUAUGUUUGAUGUUCCCCCUCCGAGGGAGCCCGAACCUGAGACUCAGGAUCUAUCUGAUUUGGACUAUAAAAAAGAUGAGGAGGAAGAUGCCAAGAAGGACUCAGCAGACGACACUCCAGAUGAGAAAAAUAUUGAGGAUGUUCCACAAACAAAAGAUGAUGUUAAAAGUGAUGAAGCACUACUGGAUUCUAGCAAACCUGAUACAAAACGACCAAAGUCUUCAAAAUUUAAAAGAAAAGGGAGUGUGGGAAAAAGUGGCAAGCAAGUUCAAGAUGAAGAGAGGGUGGGUACUCCAGAGGUUCGGCCACGACGAAGGUCACACCACAAGCGGGACAAGAAGGAGGAAAUUACCAAUGUUGGUGUUGGUGAGAUUGCUCUGGAGGGGUCAGAAAAGACAGAGGAGGAGGUCAAAUCUGGAAAGGGGUUGGUACAUUCUGAGGGUGCUGUCUCUAAUGAGGCAGAAUCUUUGGAGAAGGUAAAGAAGCGAUCUCGUCGAAAGGGGAGGAAGAUGAGCAAUGCAGAGGUAGAAAAGGUGGAAAAUAUACCUCUGGAAGUUGAACAUUCUGAACCUGCUCGGGACAACAGAGAUGCAAAGCUGUCUGCUGUUGAUGCAGAUAGUAAACAAAGCAAGGAUGCUGCUCUACGGAAACCUAGAAGGCCGUCUUCUGGUCGUCCUAAGCGAGAGGAAGCAAGAGUGAAAUUUGAUGACCAGAGCAACCAGGAUGCAGAAAGUCUAAACACUGAUGUUUCCAGUGAACGCCAAUCCAGGGGAGGACAUCGUAAACCUCGGACCCCGAUGAUUUCUGAGACGUUGUAUCACCAGCAGCCGUUUACAAAUGAAGACAUGUUGGAUGAGAAGUAUGUGGAGUUGAUCCAGAUUAUGAGAAAUGAUGGGAUCCAGGCCGGCGAGUUGGUCAAAGAAGUGGGAGUUGUUUUGGCGAGGGCUGGCUUGAGUCCGAGAAGUCCACGAGAAGUACCUAAGCCUGCGCCCCACAUUGAGAAAGCUAAGCCAAAGAAGGAGGAGCAGGACAGGUUCAAACCAAUGCCUGGAGUUCAUGUCAUUCCUGCCGUGCCUUUAGACUCUGAUAAACCAGCUCCCGUUUCAAAAUCUUUGCCAGCUGAGAGUCAUUCUUCGAGAAAACAUUACACUGCGUCAUCGCUGGAACGCUUGCAUGCUGCUGAUAGUUUUGAAAGGACCCAGAAGCAACUCUACAGAAAAUAUAAUGAAUUGAACGCAUUGUUAAAUCGCCAGCUUCCUGAUGAGUCAACCUAUCUUGUUCAGGAGCAGUUAGAGCAGACGUUGGCCUUGCUGCAGAGACAUCAGAAGCAGGGACACUUCCAUUCCAAGCCAGAGGGAGGAGAGCGACACACUGGUUCCCAAGGCCAGCGUGACCGCCCCAAGAGUGCUAAAUCAGUCAGCUUCCGUGAAGCCAGACCAGGGUCAGGAAGGAGCAGUCGAUCACCCCGUCGAAGCAAGCACGAAAAAGCUAUCAUCGAUGCUGCAAGACUCGUGGAGCAAAAGGAUGCAAGUGACGGCAGUGAAUCUGAGAGCCAAUCUCGUAGUCGAUCAAGAAGUUAUUCCCCAACGGACUGUAACUUGAGAAAUACGAAAAAUCCAGAUGUGCGUUCAUGGCUGAGGGGAAAGAAUCGUCGGUUACGACAGCAGAAACGGGCUGAACGUCUGAAAGAACUCGAAGAGAAACGCAUUGAAGAGGAAAAACUUAAAGAACGCGAUGAGAAGGUUAAGGAGAGCACACAGCACGUCCAGAAUUGGAUGAAACAAAAACAGAAGGAGGCACGGUUACUCAGCAAGCGUGAGGAAGACGUUAGUCACAAGAUUGGUCAAGUUGCCGAGAAACGUGGGUGUGACGUUGUUGAAACGACACAGUUGAACAAAAAUGCAGUGCAGCAGGAACAAUUCGGACAGAAAAUGACUCCUGGUAAAAGUACACCUAAGCGUCCAGUGUCAGCACCUGGUGUUAUGCCCAUUGUUUCUAGGAGAAAGCCUCUAGCAGCAACUGCUGACAAUAUUGUGAAAUCGAAUAAAAGAGGUGGUUCAAAGACUGGUAGGUCUGUGGACUCUGAAACUCGUGAUAGUUCUGUGGGUGCAUCGAACGCUGGCAUCAAGCCUGAAAACAUUGACACUUGCAACUCUACGGGUGCUUACUCAGAGCAACAAAAACAACGGCCAAAGUCUCUAAAGCGCAGAAAAAAGAAGGAGAAUAAACCUGUGUCAGAGGAUGAAAAGGCAAACACUGAUUUGGUGAAAAAACGUUUGUCUUAUGACCAGUGGUUACAAGAAAAACGGGUGCGAGACAAUAAGCAGAAAAAGAAAGAAAAAAAAUUGCGUGAAAAACAGUUGCGUGACUCUGAUCAUGCGUUAGAUUCUCUUGUUCCUGAUCUUGCAAGGAGGCGAAUUCGAUUCAUUGAAAGUAGCAAGAAACGGGUGGAUUCUGGUGUCCACAGUAUUGAUGAUGAGGCAAACUCAUACCCGAGAGGUGCAGGAAAUGUUGAUAGUAAUGAGGUCGACUUCAGUUUAAAUGCUGGUGCAGCUGAUGCACCAACAGAAGAGGAAGAGAGGUACCAGUGGAGAUUGGAGGGGGAGGUUUCAAGACCGAAGUCUGGAAAGCCGUCUGCUCCAUCAAGAAGUACACCAGGUUCAGCAAGGCCCUCUAGCUCUCCUGUUUCAAAGACCAGAGCAAGGGCUAGGCUGACCAUGCCAAAGUCCGAUUCAAGCCCAAGGUCGCGGGUGGAGAACAUUUCUGAGAAGGGGCAAAAUCCCUUUAAAAGUCCAAUACCAGUUGUGAAUGCUUCAUUGAAGCGCUCUGGGGAUGCUAGAAAUCGUUACGCCAAACAAACAUGGACAAAUUUUUCUGAUGAUGUUUGGAAGCAGGUCAAUGAAGAAGAAGGUGUCGGUCCUUUUCAGGUGGUGGAUGAUUCUGCGGGGGGCAGGAAUGGGGCGGACAAAGAGGGGCAGGGGGCGGCUGGUACGGUUGAUGCUUCUGGAGCAUCAAAUGGUGAUGCUACUCCCGAGGUGCCAAACGGGUUACCAAAUAAAGGCACCUCUGCAGGGGUACCAAAUGGGGAACCUGUGACACAGGAUGAUGAGCCAGCACCAGGUUCUGCCUCUGGAAAUGUCGAUAGCACCUCACCUGAACCGGCACCUUCUUCUUCCAAUGUUAAUUUUGGUGGUAUAUUCUAUACAGUCGAUACUGAGGGCGUUCAGCAUGGGAUACAUGAGGUACCAGUUUAUGUUAAAGACAAAACAAACUCUGGUGGUGAUGGACUUGACAAUGAUGAAGAGGUGAAAGACCCUGACACAACUUCCAGAGAUGGUGAACCAAGCAAUCCAUGUAAAAAGAAAGUGAACUUUGGUGGUAUAGUUUACGAGGUUGACAAAAAGGAGGAGUCGCCUGCAUCGUCUUCGGAGAUUGAGGAGGAGAUGGACAUGUCGGAUGGUGUGGACGAUGAGGCUCCUGAUGGGUUCUUCAUCACCAGCAUCGAUAACGAGGCAUAGUGUUCAGAUAAAUAGGUGUUCUUAGUGAAAGGGUCUGCAGAGCUGCCUACUCAUAACUUUAGGGGGUAGUUUUUACACAUUCGGGGCCUGUUUACAUUCCGUCUGUGAUUCUUUAAUGAAUGAAAGGUUAGUUUUGAUAUUUAGAGUUGUACAUUUCUUACUAGAUUUAUACUGAACCGUCCAAUUUUCUAGAGUAGGCAUAGUAGCACUUGAUCCUUACUAUUGUUUCAAACUGUCCAGAAGGUAUUGCAUCCAUCUCGUCCCAAGUUGGUCAUAUCCGUUCAACUUUACCUAUGUAUGAUAAAGACACCUCUCGAAUAAGUUCUUGGGGUGCUCUUAAAAGAAGAGGUUUUGCUGUAGUUGAAAAUAAGUGCCUUAGUUUAGAUUGGGAGUGCUCUCAAAGUACAGUUAUUUAGAAUCGGGUUAAAAUAUGCUAAAAAACGUGGUGCUACCUUAAAAUGCGCUUCAGCAUGAAAACUCCAGUUCAGUAUGGUUCAUGUCUUCAACUUAAUAAUUAUUCAAAAGAGCUGGGGUUUUUUGUUGGUCAGAAGCAGGUCCUCACAUGAAUUAGCUGAAGACUCUACAACCUCAUCAUAUUGUUACAUAGGCUUGCUCCUGACCGAUUGUGCAGUAACCAUGUUACUAGGUGAUAUUUCCCUUCAAAAAAAUAUAUGGACAUAUUCCAAGUUGAUGAUUUCACUCUUUAUGUACACUUUUUAAAUAAUUUAGAGUCUAUUAAUAGUGCUAGAUAGAAUUCCACUUUGGAUAAAAUUUGUUAAAUUCAUUUAUUAGGGAAUAAAUCUAUACAGAAUAUGAUCAAUA